GCUCCAGGCAGAACUGACAGAUCGCAGAUGGCAGGUUUCGUCCUGCUCCUCAGACAGAAGUAGAGGAUCAACAGAAACAUGGAGCGGGUUUGGCUGUGCAGCUUUUCAACGCUGUGGCUGAUUUACGGUUUAUUCUCGGUCGCUGCUGCAGGCAAAGAGUGGAGGAAGAUGAGAGAAACCGUAUCUGAGGCUGUGGGAGGAUUCGCUGCCUGCAGCCCUGUGAACUGCAGCUGCCACCUGACUGUCCUACAGCAGGACCUGCGGCCCUUUAAAGGACGCAUCUCUGAGGACUUCAUGGCUGCGACUGUCCAGAGAGGAGUGGGCACACACUACCAGAUCAUCGACCACAAGUUGUACAGGGAACACAACUGCAUGUUCCCCGCCAGGUGCAGUGGAGUGGAGCAUUUCAUCCUGGAGCUGAUCGAUAGGUUACCUGAUUUAGAGAUGGUGGUAAACGUCAGAGAUUACCCUCAAGUCCCCAAGUGGGUGCAGCCGACCCUGCCUGUCUUCUCUUUCAGUAAGACCUCCGACUACCAGGACAUCAUGUAUCCUGCGUGGACGUUUUGGGAGGGCGGACCUGCCGUGUGGCCCAUAUACCCCACAGGUCUGGGGAGGUGGGACCUGAUGAGGGACGACCUCAAAAAGUCAGCAGCUCAGUGGCCGUGGACGAAGAAAGAGUCUAAAGGAUUCUUCAGAGGCUCCCGGACCAGUCCAGAGCGAGACCCGCUGAUCCUCCUGUCCAGAGACGCUCCAGACCUGGUGGAUGCAGAGUACACGAAGAACCAGGCCUGGAAGUCUGAGAAGGACACACUAGGGAGUCCUGCAGCCAAAGAAAUCCCAUUGGUCGAUCACUGCAAAUACAAGUAUUUAUUCAACUUCCGCGGCGUGGCAGCCAGCUUCCGCCUCAAACAUCUCUUCCUCUGUGGUUCUCUGGUGUUUCACGUGGGGGAUGAGUGGCAGGAGUUUUUUUACGCUCAGCUCAAGCCCUGGGUUCACUACAUCCCCGUCAAGCAGGACCUCUCAGAUGUCAGGGAGCUUCUACAGUUUGUCAGAGAGAACGAUGCCAUCGCACAGGAGAUCGCCUCAAGGGGUAAAGAAUUCAUCCUCAACCAUCUGCGGAUGGAGGAUGUUUCCUGCUACUGGGAGAAACUUCUCACCGAGUUCAGCCGUCUUCUCACCUACAAACCCAAGAGAAAGAGCGACUACAACCAGAUCGUCCACAGACCCAGGAGGACGGAGCUGUGAGGUUCUGCAGAGAGAAUCUCCAGAUAGUGAAUGUAAUUCCUCCAGCACAACAUAUGAUUGAAUGAAAUCACACUACAGUAUUUUUAGACACAUUUAUUUCUGAUGACGUCAGUGUUUUAGUCUCAUAGAUGUCGUGAAUGUAGUUUACUGAGUUUACCUUCAAGUGCCACUCUUUUGCCAAAACUUCAUCGACCGUUUUUCUGGUUGUUUUUCUGUCGACUGUCACCAGCAAAGAAACGUCCACGUUAAAGGAACAUUCCACCAAUUUUACCAGUCGAUUUAAGGCAGUUUACUUCUCGUGUAAGACAGUAAAACAGUUAUAUGUUUUCUGUGGCUCUGGAGGAGGAGAAAAUACUCUACAGUACUCUUUUUACUGCAGAGUGUAUUUAUAAACUCGGAGUGGAAGGUGUGAAAUAUGUGGCAGUAGGAGUCGAAUGAAAAAACAACAGUUACAUUAUGGGAAAUGCAGGAUUCCACUUUUAAAGUUAGUAAAAGUCUUGAUAAGUUGAUUUCUGCCUGUUGAAUUUGUUCUGGUGAGUGUUUAAGGCCUAUAUAUCUUUACUUGAUGCAACGUCCCCCUCUGCUGGACAACUGGAGACACUGCAGACAACUGUCACCAUCACAUCCUUACACUGCAUAAAUGUUAUUUAUGCAAACGAUGCAAUACCAAUGUCACUGUCUAUUAUUAAAGUGGCUCUGACACAACUUGGUUCAUAACUUGAAAGCACAAAGGAAUGUGACAUUCCACACAAAGUGUCAACAGUCACAGAAGAAGUCUUUUAUUUUGAAAUGUGGCCUUUUAUACAGAAUCUUUGUGUGUGUUGAGAGAUGACGUGUGAAUGACACAGGACAGGGGUGAAUAUGUUGUAGUAUUCACGUUGUUCUGUGAACCAGCAGAAGUCUGUGUCCUUUUGUACAGACGUGUGGUAAAGACGGUACGUGCCAAUGUUGACCAACACGCUGUGAUCACGUGACGUCCAUGUUGUUGUGUUGCAGUUUUGUUUUUGUGCCAAUAAACUGUUUGGUUCUCAAAA